AUGAGCAAGUACCGAAAACUGGAAGACCCGUCCACGUCGUCAAUAGAACGAGAUCUGGGCGACGUCGGGUCCAGUCACGUGACGCCGGGCCACCCCAGCGUGACUUUUGACAUGGACGAGGAUGACGGAUAUGAUGAGCUUGGAGACUUGGGUGAUCCCAUGAACUUGCCUCAGGUGGACCAGAUCCCGAUACCAAAGCUGGGAGCUCGAGGCAGCGGGUCGCGUCGCAAGCUGCAGAGUCGACGUAACAAGAUUGUCGGUCUGGCUACUGCCGGAGUGACUGUUCUGCUCAUUGUGCUGUACCUGUUACUUCCCACUAUUUCCGGAGAGCCAAGGAAGAGCGAACAGGGAGCUGCUGCUCUGAGCGAGGCUCAGCACACCGGCGCGGUGUACAAAAACAAAUUCCACAUGCAGGAGAACUGGGGCAGCUUAUCGCCGUUUUUCUCUGACGGCGUGUCUUUUCACGGCGUUACUGCUCGAGAAAAAGGCCGGUUGGACCACCAUGGAUUUCCUCUGGUGCCUGAAAUGGGCGUCUGUACUCUGAGACAGGCUCAUGUUCUUCAUCGACAUGGAGAGCGAUACCCUACUGAUGGAGCAGCAGACAACAUGGUAGCUUUUGCUGACAAGCUCAAGAGCAGCAUUAACAACCAGACGGACGAGAUGUUUGCCUGGGUUGACCACUGGAACUAUCUGUUGGAGCGAGAACUGCUCGUUCCUCGGGGAUACUCUACUGAGUUUGCUGCAGGUGCUCAAUUCUGGUCUUCUCACGGUCGACAUUUGUUCAAUGAGGGUAGCUUGCUUGGAAAGUGGAGUCAUGACCCCAUUGUUAUUCGAGCAACUGAACAGGAGCGAAUUCGAGACUCUGCUCAGGCCUGGAGUGAGGGUUUCUUUGCCAAAAACAACGAUCUGUUCACGCUGUCUCUUCAGCCUGAGAAGGACGGCGAAAAUGCUACUCUUGCCAGCUACUUUUCGUGCAAAAACGCUUACAACAAUCCCAAAUCCGUGUCGGGCAAGCAGAAGGAGGCCGAAUGGAUCGACAACUACCUGAAUAAGGCCAGCUUGCGUUUCCAGGAACUGAUUCCCGGGUUUGAGAACUUCACCGCCCACGACGCAUUCCAGAUGCAGCAGCUAUGUGCGUUCGAAACUGCAGCUUUCGGACACUCCAAGUUCUGCGAGUUCUUCACCGAAACCGAGUGGAGAGGCUACGAGUACGCCUCCGACCUCAAGUUCUACUACAACGACAUGUUCGGAAGCAAGACUGGUGUGGCUCAGGGAGCUGGAUGGCUGAGUGAACUUGUUGCUCGUCUGGAAGGUGUUCUCAUCACCACUCCUGCCUACGGAGUUGAUGUGGGAGAGACCUCCAGCAAUAAGACCUUCCCUCUGGACCAACCUCUUUACAUGGACAUGUCCCAUGACUCUGUCCUGUUGUCUGUUCUGACCGCUUUGAACCUUGACUUUCUGCAAGAGUCGCUUACCCCUGACAAGAUCAAGGUGCCCCGAAACGUAAUCAUCUCGCGCCUGACUCCCUUUGGUGCUCGAAUUACCGUCGAAGUGUUUGAUUGUGAUGCCGAGACGGAGGGUGUUUCAAGUACGUACAUUCGAAUUGUUCUUAACGGCCGAAUCCUCCCUCUUUCCAGUCUCAAGCAGUGUCCCGAGAACGCCGAUGGAGUGUGCGAAGUCGGUCUGUUCAUCGACUCGGUAAAGUCAGCCUUGGCAGCCAUUGAUUACGACAAGCUGUGCGAGGGAGAGUUGUAG